AUGUCCUAUUUGGACCGAAUGUUAAAAAGAAGUGUAACAGUGGAAAACCUAUAUGCCUCCUCCUUGCUCAGUAACAUGCCUGGUUACCGUGAGACAAGUUCUACAGACCAAUCUCAAGAGCAUUUAUGUGGUGCAGUCAUUCAUUUCUCGGGGUUCCGAAUCAUGCACUAUCUUGGUGGUCUUCCAGAGUACAAAGGACAUCGCGAUGCAGUUCUACUGCUGAGCAGGCUGUCCGAUACAAGAAUCUGGCACAGUCUCCGAGAAGAUUUUCUUGACAAGCGAUAA